UGCUGGACUGCAAAGUUGCAUACUUUAAUGCCAAUUUCCUUUCCCAUUUCCAUCGCUUCGUCUACGAACAACAAUUGUCUCUCUCUGUAAAUUUUUUUUUUUUUUAAAUCCAAAAAAAAACUUUCCACCCGACAGAUAUUCUGCAGUCCGGCGGCGGCCAUUGUCUGUUCUCCUCUGCUCCAUCUUAUUAUAUUAAAAAAAAAAAAAAUACUUGGAGUUUCUCUCUCUCUGUGAUCUUCUGUUCAACCAUAAAUACACCCAAAAUUAGCAAAUAACUGAGAACCCAGAUAUGCCCAUCUCAUCCGAUUCAAGAAAAGAUACGGCUCACCUGAAUUUUCCCACGUCGAGGCGAUUUCCACGGCAAUGGCGGCUCUUGGACCUUGUUUCUGCGGCCUUCUUCGGCUUUGUCUUACUCUUCUUCCUCCUCGUCUUCUCUCCCCUCGGUGACUCUCUUGCUGCUUCCGGUCGCCAGGCGCUCCUCGUCUCCACCGCCGAUCCACGUCAGCGUCAUCGCCUCGUGGCGGUGUUGGAGCUCGGGGCCCAGUCUGCCACCAUUGAGGCCUGCUCCGCUGAGUCCGCGGACCACAUGCCCUGUGAGGAUCCCCGGCGAAAUAGCCAGUUGAGCCGGGAAAUGAAUUUCUACAGGGAGCGGCAUUGCCCGCUGCCCGAUGAGACGCCGCUUUGUCUGAUCCCACCGCCCGAUGGGUACAAGAUUCCGGUGCAGUGGCCCGAGAGCUUGCACAAGAUAUGGCACAGCAACAUGCCACACAACAAAAUUGCGGAUAGGAAAGGUCAUCAGGGAUGGAUGAAGAGGGAAGGUCCAUACUUCAUUUUCCCUGGUGGAGGCACGAUGUUCCCAGAUGGUGCAGUACAGUAUAUUGAAAAGCUUGGACAGUACGUCCCUAUAAGUGGUGGCAUUCUAAGAACCGCUCUCGAUAUGGGUUGUGGGGUGGCCAGUUUUGGGGGAUAUCUGCUAGCUGAAGACAUCUUAACUAUGUCGUUUGCACCGAGAGAUUCACAUAAAGCCCAAAUACAAUUUGCACUGGAGAGAGGGAUUCCAGCUUUUGUUGCCAUGCUUGGAACUCGCAGACUCCCAUUUCCUGCAUUCUCAUUUGACUUGGUUCAUUGUUCUCGAUGUUUAAUCCCAUUUACUGCUUACAAUGCAACAUAUUUCAUCGAAGUGGAUAGGUUGCUUCGACCAGGAGGAUAUCUGAUUAUCUCUGGCCCCCCUGUACAAUGGCCUAAUCAAGACAAGGAAUGGGCAGAUCUGCAGGGUGUGGCUAGAGCAUUGUGCUAUGAGCUCAUUGCUGUGGAUGGAAACACUGUUAUCUGGAAAAAGCCAGUGGGUGAUUCAUGUCUCCCCAACCAAAAUGAAUUUGGCCUCGAAUUGUGUGAUGAAGCAGAUGACCCAAGUUAUGCAUGGUACUUCAAAUUGAGAAAAUGUGUAAGUAGGACCUCUUCUGUAAAAGGAGAACUUGCUGUUGGGACAAUUGCAAAGUGGCCAGAAAGGCUAACAAAAAUUCCUUCAAGAGCAAGCCUCGUGAAAAACGGCAUGGAUGUGUUUGAGGCUGACACUCGGCGGUGGGCUAGAAGAGUUGCUUACUACAAAAACUCAUUAAACCUAAAGCUUGGAACUUCAGCUAUACGCAACAUCAUAGACAUGAAUGCAUUUUUUGGAGGCUUUGCAGCAGCCCUAAAGUCUGACCAUAUGUGGCUAAUGAAUGUGGUUCCUGUUCACAAACCACCUACUUUGGCUGCAAUUUAUGACAGAGGCCUUAUUGGGGUCUACCAUGAUUGGUGUGAGCCUUUCUCAACAUAUCCUAGGACCUAUGAUCUCAUUCAUGUAACCGGCAUUGAGUUGCUUAUAAAAGAUUCGGGUUCGGGCAAGAACAGGUGUAACCUUGUGGAUUUGAUGGUAGAGAUGGAUCGAAUUUUACGUCCAGAGGGAACAGUUGUGGUUAGAGAUUCCCCUGAAGCUAUUGAUAAAGUAGGUCGCCUAGCUCAUGCCGUGAGAUGGACAGCUACCAUUCAUGAGAAAGAACCUGAAGCACAUGGGAGAGAGAAAAUACUUGUUGCAACCAAAAACUUUUGGACGCUAUCUUCAGCAUCCAACUGACACCAGCCGGUACGUUCAUUGUAAUGUAGCUAUUCUUUAUCCUCUCCUUCUUAUCCUUACUCCAAACCAAGGUGUCAUCUCAAUGCAUCAAACGAAUGCAGUUUUCUUUCUUCGUUCCCUUAUCUGAUAAGUUCAUAUUAGGAUAAAGUAUGAGUUAAUGGAGGUAAGUUCAAGGAUGGGAAGGCAUGCAGAUUUACUUGAGAAUGAAUAUACAUGCUGCUGGGAAAUUACAUGUCCAGUUAGUUGUCCCCAUUCAUUGUAAUUUCAUGUAGUUAUUUAUUGUCAACGAUUUAAUGAUUCUGCAUUGCUCUCCUUGGUAGGAUUGUCUUC